CAUGAGUAUUUAAGAUACAGGGAUGAGAUCGUGAGCAUUCGAGCUCCUGUACAGUCGUCCCCGUGAGUGUUGUUCUCAGUCGUGUGUGUUCUGUAUAAUAAUUCGCUUUGUUUUGCAAUUAUGACGAUCUCUGCCUGUGCUUCUGCUUCCUGCAUCGGACUGCCUGUGCUCGGGCUCACUGCGCGUCCCUGCAGCGGCCGCAAAUCGGUUACUGUGGUUUCUAAAUUCCGCCUUCCUCGCUCGUCAGCUGUCGCUGCUCACUCCAGCAGAGUUUUGUACAAAAAUGGCUCUACUCAGUGUGUUGGCAAGUCACUCGGGUUUGUCGGCUCUUCGAUUACGGAGACCCGAGUGCGUGAUUCGAAGCUAGAGAUGUUCGGUUCCGGAAGCUGCGGUGGAGGUGCUAUGGGAAGCGUGUGCGCUCUUCCUGCUUCCGUUGAAACCUUACGAUGGAUCUUUGUAGCUGCUGCCACGUCUCUUCUAUUCCUCAAGAACGCAGCCAUCCCGAAGCACUUCCUUGUCCCUCUCUUGGUCCUCGAACUCCCUCGUGAAGCUCUCAGCUGGAUGAGGGGAGAGUACGGUUUAUGGACUGCUUUCGUAGCGAUUCUAGUGAAACUGUUCUAUCAAAUUCCCGGGGAGGUUCAUCUACCACUUUACGUGCUGAUUUUGGUCAUCACUGCACCAAUUCAACUCACUCAAUACCGAGGCAGCACUCCCGCAUCUCUGGCAUCAAUCGCUCUGGCGGUUUAUCUGGCUGUGGAGCACUAUCGUUCCACGGGAGGUGUGAAUGAAGCGUUCAAAAGCAACAAGCUUCUCCCGACGCUUGCUAUUCUGGCCUUGGUGGUUAUUCCAAUCCUGUUCUUCGCUCAGGGUGUCUACUACUGAUGCGUUCUUGUCGAGCGUAGAACAGAGUCUUUGUAUUAGCCGACGACCCCUCCAGAUUCCAUUGUGGGUCUUGAGAUGUACAAUUUGUGUAAAUUCUAUCAAUUCUGUGUAAAGUCGAUCCGUUCAAGAUUGUUGAUGAGAUGGAUCUUUUCCAUCACACCAAAGGACUCGAGCUCCAGAGGAGUAAAG